CAUCUUCUGUCAUCGGUCAUCUUUGGUCUCACUCGAUCCUUCUCAGCGGAUGUGCCGUGCACUGUAGCUUCGUUUUAAUUAAGUAGCCAUCUUUUCACGAACAUUUUUAAUUCUCAAAUUUAUAGUUGUUUUUAGUGUAAAAUUAUUUAAAUAGCGUGUUAAAUGUCAGAGCCACAGUCUUCAUUGUUAUUAAAAAAACAACUAGCAGAAUUAAAUAAAAAUCCAGUGGACGGAUUCUCCGCUGGCUUAGUAGACGACAAUGAUAUAUACAAAUGGGAAGUGCUCAUCAUUGGACCUCCGGAAACGCUAUACGAAGGAGGAUUUUUUAAGGCACACCUAGACUUCCCAAAAGAGUACCCAUUGAGGCCUCCAAAAAUGAAAUUUGUUACCGAAAUAUGGCAUCCAAAUAUUGAGAAAAAUGGCGAUGUGUGCAUAUCUAUACUGCACGAGCCAGGCGAUGAUAAAUGGGGCUACGAGAAGGCUUCGGAGCGUUGGCUGCCCGUGCACACAGUCGAAACGAUAUUAAUUUCAGUCAUUUCAAUGCUUGCCGAUCCAAAUGAUGAAAGUCCUGCCAAUGUCGAUGCUGCGAAAGAAUGGAGAGAGUCAUAUACAGAAUUUAAAAGAAAAGUAGCCCGCUGCGUGCGAAGAAGUCAAGAGGACUGUUCAUAGUGCGUGUGUGUGCAAUAAUUAAUAAUUAAAAAAUUAAAAUUAAAAUUACAAUUAACAAUUAACAAUUUACAAUUACCACAAUUUACAACAAUUUACCAAUAACAUCGAUACGAAAGAGACGACGAGAUUGCGAAAGAACGAGAGUGAAAGAGCGAGAGAAUCGUUUUAAAUUAAAAAAAAAAAUAAGAUAAAAUAAAGUAGGCUUAACAAAACAACGUUUUUACAAUAAAAAUAAUUUGGAUUGAUUGAAUGAAAAAUGUGUGUUAAUAAAUAACUCUCCACAAAAAAUUAAAA